UUGGGGCCAUCGUCUCUCUCACUCCCACCAUCGGCAACCUCCAGCCCUCCCGGACCAGAAGAGACGCGUCCAGUCAAGCCCCUGAAUGGCCCCCCAGAGCUCUAGCCUGCCCCCCCCCCAGCCUCUGGACUCCAAACAUUAUCAUUGCCCAGCGGGAGGAGCCUGGGAUGGGGCGGAGGGGAUGUCCAGGGCCAGGACUGCUCAGCUGGCCUCUCCCCUGCCAGCAGGCCCAGUCUGGGCCCCCCAGUGUUCUUUACCUCCUGGAAGGAGGCUCAAGGGCCCGGGUGGGGACUGGCAAGCCCAGGCUGGGCUUAUGGGUGGGGCAGCCUCUGCGGGUCCUCCAGGAUCUGGGGGGCUGGGCCGGGAGGCUGUGCGUGUCUGGAGGCGGGUGUGUGCGCGCGCGCGCGCUCCCCCACCUCCCUGCUCCCACCGGAGGCCCCAGCACACUCAGGGCCAUGGAAAGGAAACAGGAAGGAAAGAGGAGCCACGGCUUGCGGCUCUCCAGCUCUCUCCCUCCGGCUCUGGGUCCCCCGCCCCCUCCGCUGGAGAGCCUGCCUGGAAGUGCGGCUCCUGCUCUCCCGAGGAGGCCUCCCUCGUCCCCCGGCCUGGCCCGGCUCUCGGCCUCCCUCCUCCCUGCACUCGCUGGAAUAUGUCGGUUUUUCUCUUUCUUUUUCCAGGCCUCGAGGCGAGAUGCUGAGAAGCGCCGCCUCAGGAGGAAGAGCAGGGGCGGAGGGUGAGGGGGCGGGGGCCCUGCCAGGGCUUCCCUCAGGCUCAAAUGGGGCUCGUUUCCUUUCCAUGACCUGUCAGCACCCGGGCGGAGGCCCUCACUGCUCCCAGGGCAGAGGCCGAGGCGGAGGCCGAGGCCGGGCGCCUCUGAGCUGCUCCCAUUCCGGGGGCUGAGGAGGCCACCCGACCAGGUGCUGGCCAUGAGGCCCUCGUGGGGCGCCGGGGCCGCCUUCUGCUUCGUACUGCUCUCCUGGGCAUCGGGACCUUCACCAGUGAAAAUGGAGUACAACCUGGGCUUUUGGCCACCCCAGCUCUCAAAGGCAGAAGGAGAAAAUGCCACUUUUGUCUGCAAUGUCUCUAGGGAAUUAAUGACUUCCAUCUUGAAUUGGUACAAAGAAAAGAAUGGCAGCCAGCCCGAGAAGCUGGCUGCCUACCCGAAAGACAAACCCAGCUCUCCCCUGCAGGACCGCUAUCACAUCGCCAAACGAAAUGGGCAGACCUAUGAGAUGACCAUUGUGGGACUACAGCUGAACGACAGUGGGAGAUACUUCUGUGGAAUUAUUAAUUUCCAAAUGCCACCAGUGAAAGAAAGUGGUUGGUCAGAGCUCAAUGUGACAGAGAGACUCAUGGACUCAACAACACCAACUCCCUUCACCACUCCAGAAGCUCUGGAAAAAUUCCCGCGGAUCAUUGUGGUGGUCUCCAUCAUUGUGGGUGCUGUGCUGGUGCUGCUGCUGCUUUGCUGGGUUCUGUUCAUCGUAGAGUCCCGAGGCCGAGGAGGGGCCGGGAACUCCGAGAGCGACAAAGACUCUCUGAAGGUGGAGCGCUGCGCGGCGUCGGGGUCCGCUUCCGCCGUGGUCUACGGGCAGCUGGACUUCCAGAGGCCGGAGGCGCCCCCAGCGGGGGGAGCCGAGUGCUGUGAACAGACGGAGUACGCCAUCAUCGUCUUCCCCCCGGACAAGCCCGGCGGCUCUCCCCACAGGAAGUAGGUGCUGCAGCCGCCCCAGGACGCCCGCGGCCUCGGGGAGCUCCUGGAAGCGACGUCUCGGGGGCUUGUGGGGUCGUUCCUGUGGGCUUCUUCGUGGUGCCGGGCCUUCCCCAGGAGGAAUCCGAUGGCUCCUUCCUCUCCUCCUGCUGCUCCCCUCAGCCCUGCCCAGACUCAGCUGGAGUCUGACGUGGACGCUGGGGCUCUCCGAGGGCCGCGUCUGAGCGCAGCCUCUGGAGGGUUCAAGAGGACCUCCGUAGCCUGGACUUCAUCGUGCCGCUGCUGGGGCUCCCACAUCUCUCGUCCUCCCCCGGAGCCGGGCACGCGGGGACCCUCCCUCUCCCUGGAUGGAUGGGGCCGCCGAGGCCCACGGAAGGUGCUUGUUCCAGGCGGCCGGGGAGGUACGGGCAGAGCCCGGAUAGUGGCCACCCCAGAGGGAGCAGGGCCCGGGGGCGCAGGAGCCUCAGAGGCAGGGCCUGAGGCAGGGCCCGGGGCAGGGCCCGGGGCGCACUACAGCGAUGCCAGAGGUGCUGACAAGCCCCGCGCCCUGCCCUCCAGGGCGCCCAGCGUGGGCAUCUGCAAUGAGGGUUGAUGCAAACUUUGUGGCCGCAGGCUAGGAAAGUGAACACCCAAGUGGGACCUAAGGGGGAGGGGAGCUGGAAGAGGGGGCGCACCUUGUCCCCACCCCGUUGCAGACACACAUUGGCCUCUACCGGCGUUGUGGGUCUGAGGAGGGUCUCCCAGGCCCCGGCGGCUCCCAGCCACGCCUGCUGCUGUUGGCCCUGGCCAACCCCAGAGCUGGUGCUUUGAAGGGGGCUCCUGGCCUUCUCACUCGGCCGGACAGACCCUCAGCCCUGACAGCUGUCCGUUCCUUCUGGGAUCUGCGGGUCGAGCUUCCUGGAGCGUCGUGACACGGUGACGAUUUUAUUCCGGUUGUUGCUGUUUUAACAAGAGGAGGGGCAGCCCCGCGGCCGCCCGGCUCUCCCCGAGCUUCUCCGCCCCCUAUUUCACGGCUCUGCCGCAGGAGCCGGACUUCUGGAGCGCUUUGGCCCUCGGUCUUGGCCAGUGAAGACGGGGCGGAGGCUGAGGGGCAUCUCGGCCAGGUCAGCGCGAGGCCUGAGAACUGCUGGUGCCCCUGGACACCCCCCUUGUAGGCCCGCCGGGCCGUGGGCAUUGUCGACCCAAAGAGAAGCUGUCUUGAAA